GGCUGCAAUAAGCGCGUCCGCUAAUGGUGAGGGUGGUGAUCGGAUAUGUGCCAGAUGACUGUCAAGUGAGAGGACAAACUAGGACAAAGCGAAGGGAAUCGUUAGCUGUGGAGCUCGAAGCACGCAAUUCAACAGGACCAAGAAUGCAGUCAAUCUCAAGAAAGAACCAAUUCACAGCGAGUGCUGUCUAUUGAAUGAUCAAUUGGGUGAGUGCGUACCUUUUCAGCGGGGGAGGGCAAACCGGGUGGUUGUGGUUCAAGAUGCUCAAUAGGCUUGAGGAGGGGCGGGCAACCAACUC